CGAUUGGAUUAUUUAUCGCAGAGCAUUCGUUUGAGAUACCGGAGUAAGGAAAACAAUAUUUAUGGUGAUUUUGCAUAACGUUGGAUAAAAGUAAAUUCAAACGUGUUAGAUAUAAAUGUGUAAGAUAGGGAAAUGUAAAAAAAAUGUAGAAAAUACAGGAGGUAAAACUGCGAUUAAAUGAAGUCGGAUUAAGUCAAGAUAAGGAGCAUUUACACUGAAAUAUACACAUGGAUUUAAAAAGAAAUAAAAAACGCCAUUGUGUCAUCUAUACUUUAUUGAUAAAAUGACAACAAAAUUCCAGAAUAUUCAGAAUCUAUCUUAAAGUUAUAUAACAAUUUAAACCGUCUUCUUCAUUUCAGUGGAAAUAAUUCCCACAGUUUGUUUUCAUUUUAAAAAGAACCGAUGGUUUUACAGUAAAAUUGAAAUACGCGUUUUUUAAAAGAAAUUUUGCAUAUUAUAAUUUUCAAUCUUUUAGAGUUAAUCUAGAAUUUCAAAGUACUAUGAUACUAUAGCUGUUGCGACGUGCUUUUUUUAAAAAAAAAAUUGAUUCCACACAUGUUUGCUUUUCCUGGUAAAAAUUAUUGAAAUCAACGAUGAUUGUGAAACAAACUGUUGCAAGGUGGUUUUGUAUUCUGCAUUACAUAUUUAGUGUUUGUGAGAGCGUAGACAACGAAAAAGGUCGGAUUGUUAUCGCUGGAUUAUUUCCAUUGACGGAUGUACCCGAAGGAGUAAUUGGACGUGGAGUUAAACCUGCCGUAGAUUUAGCUGUCAAAAUGAUUAGUGACAGUACUGAUCUUUUACCUGAUCACAAUCUUCAAAUUCUUCAUAGCAAUACAAAGUGUGACAUGGCUGUUGCCACGAAGUUUUUCUUUGACAUGGUAGACAGUAACAAAACCAUGGUGAUGGUGUUUGGAGAUGCUUGUUCGUCAGUGUCAGGACCUAUCGCUGAAAUAUCGAAAGAAUGGAAUGUUUCGCUGCUGUCAUAUGCAGACACAGAUCCCGCCUUGUCAGACAGAAAGAAAUACCACAAUUUCUACAGAACUGUUCCCAGUGAUAAUGACUUUAAUCCAGCUAGGCUUGCUUUACUAAGAAAGUUCAACUGGACCAAUGUUGGUACCAUUUUUCAGGGUGUUUCCAAAGGAACAGCACGAUAUGGACAUGCACAUAAUCACCUUAUAUCAUUACUGGAGAAGGCAGAUGUCAAGAUAAUAAAGUCCACAGCAUUUGUCAGUGACCCUGGGCCCGCCAUUAAAACACUCAAAAAGACUGACACACGAAUAAUUAUUGGAAAUUUCGAUGAGAAAAUGGCCAGACAAGUUUUCUGUCAUGCUCAUCAAAAUCGGAUGUUCGGCCCAAAAUAUCAGUGGAUCAUUCUAGGCGGUUAUGCAGAGAACUGGUGGUCUGUAGACGAUCCGAAUGUGUCAUGUACAGCAGCAGAACUCAAUCAUACAAUUGAUGGUUAUAUAUCUACCGACAUACUGCCGAUCAGCAGCAGUAGGAAAAAGACAGAAUCCGGCUUGACCCCUAACAAUUACAUGAAAAGGUACAACGAAACUAACAAAGGACAAUACAGUAAAUAUAAUGGCUACGCUUUUGACGGAGUAUGGGUUAUUGCCAAGGCAGUUGACAAAAUAAUCAAGAAAGCUCAGGCAAAACAGAACAAUACUGAUAUUCGUAUAGAUGGGGAUAUGUUUAGAGGCGACAAGAUAUCUGCCGCACUAAAUGAUACCAACUUUAGAGGCGUAACGGGCACAGUACGUUUCCAUGGUGGGGAUAGGAUAGGCUCCAUCUUGUUUGAACAGUAUCAGGGAGAUAGAAUGGUGAAAAUUGCUGAAUACCACAAAAUAAGGGACAAACUUACAUACAAAAAUGCUCACAAAAUUAUAUGGAGAGGGAAGGGACCCCCGAUCGACCGGAAGUUAGUGAGGGUUGAGUAUCAACGAGUUCCAAAGAGUAUCUACUUUAGUAUAUGCACCCUUGCUGGCGUGGGGAUUGUGUUGGCAAUUUUCUUCCUGGUUACAAAUAUUAUUUUCCGAGAACAUAGGUAUAUAAAGAUGUCCUCACCAAAUUUGAACAAUAUAAUUAUUGUUGGGUGUAUUCUGACGUACCUCAGUGUUCUUUUACUGGGAACUGACGGCGGUGUUGUACAUAUCCUAUAUCUAGGUCAUAUAUGUACGUCUCGAGCGUGGGUUUUGUCCGUCGGCUUCACUCUGGCAUUUGGCGCAAUGUUUAGCAAGACAUGGAGAGUGCAUUCUAUUUUUACAGAUAUAAAGUUACAUAAAAAGGUAAUAAAAGACUACAAAUUGAUUCUGGUAGUGACCAUCUUGUUAGUUAUCGAUGCAGCAAUAUUGGUCACCUGGCAAAUCCUCGAUCCUUUACAGACAUCAACAAAAAAUCUAACUACCAUGGUUGAAGGUGAUUUAGAUAUUGUACCGGUGGUGGAAUACUGCAAGAGUAAACAAAUGUCAAUCUGGCUGGGUCUCAUAUACGCAUACAAAGGACUUUUACUGGUAUUUGGCUGUUUCCUGGCAUGGGAAACUCGGCAAGUGAGUAUCCCAGCAUUGAACGAUUCCAAAUACAUCGGGAUGAGUGUGUACAACGUUGUGAUCAUGUGCGUAUGUGGUGCUGCUGUUUCCGUGGUCAUCAAUGAUCAGCCAACCUCAUCAUUCGUCAUCAUCAGUUUCUUCAUUAUCUUCAGCACAACUAUCACCCUGUGUCUAGUCUUUGGACCAAAGCUUGUAGAACUGAAGAGAGACCCCACUGGAGAGGAGAGAAGGAUUCGUGCAAAACUUCAGAAACCAAAGAAGCAGACCAGCCGAGAGGAGGCCAACUAUGACUUACAUAAAAAGAAUGAAGAUUUGCAAGCUGAAAAUAUCAAAUUCAGAAAUAUCAUUUCGGAGAAAAUGCGUGUUUUGCACGAUUUAAUGGAGCAGCUUGGUGAAGACACACACGAGAUUUAUUUUGCCGGUAAAAGUCCAAUACAUAAAAAGGUUGUUGAGCUUAGAUUAGCAGAUUCGUCACCAAGUAAAUUUUCUACAGGGUCUGAUGCAGACGACGGCUCGUUAUUUUCCGAUAUCAGUUGUGGUUCGGCAUCUUGGACCAUUGGAAACAGUCCUGCCAAUAAGUUUCAUUACCAUGCGAAUAAAUCUGUGACAUCAGCGUGUACCGAUACUUCUGUCAUAGAAUGUGUGGAUGACGUCAGCAAACACAUACGAAUGUCUAGCCUUGCAAGAACGAACAGAUAUGAUGAAGAUGAGGACGAUGAUCAAGGAGAAGAUGACGUAUUUGGUGGAGUUUAUUGUGGUCCACCAAAACAAAGGGGUUCCAUUGUAACAAAUAAUAUUCAUAAGGAAAAUGGAAGAGCUAAUCUAAUAACAGAAGUACAUCCUUUAGUUCAUGACUUCCCAAACAAAAGUUAUAACACAACAGACAAUGAUCUGUCUAGACCAGUUCUUAGCACAAUGAAGGUCGGCUCGGUGGACAUGGACAAGGCGGUAUCCAAAGAAUUACACCCUAUUAUAGACUUGAAAAGAUCCGCCAUGCUAGGAAAUAGGCGUAAAUUACGGAAAAUAACGUUCAUGUUUCCAAACCAGACACAGUCUAGUGUAGCAAAUAACGUAAGUAACGUGCUUGCAAUCGACGCUGAACAUCGGAAGAAGAAAAAUGUGCAAAAGAAACCAGAAUCCGUCAGCAACGUUUCGUGUGAUAUAAUUGAACACAUAUGAACAUUUUGCGAACAUCAAGUUCCACACAAUUUUUGGUUCUCAUGUUUCGGUUGUUUUUGUGGUUUUAUUUUUCUAAGUCUUGCUACAAGGGGAUUGGCUAAUAUAAUUUAUCAUCUUGGUGUAACAUUUGAUUGUAAAGUUUACGUUCUUCACCUUGUGUAUUUGCAAGGACAUUAUUCACAAUUAUUGUUAUAUAUUGUUGAUCGCUGAAUGGAAUACUAAUAAAGGAAAAAUUAUGUUUUCA